AUUGGAGCCUAAUGUCGGCCAAGCAAUCGGAAGACCCCUGGUGGUCAUAUCACGAAAACGAACGUCUGUGCUAGUGAUUUCAGGAAAGAUUCAACAAGCUUGCGGCUGUUCAAAGAGAGAAUUUUAUGCUUUGUAAUUUAUGCAACAUGACGCAACUCAUUCCAGAAAAACUCGUCGGGAAAUUCUCCGAUUCCCCGCUGGGUGGUGGCCAACUCAACUUUGCGUUUGUACGACGCAUUUCAAUAUCCAGCCUUGACACGGUCAUCUCACAUAGCGGGACGGCUUCGGCGUCCGCUGUCGCACUACGAGACGCACUAUGGCUGGGUGGGGAUUCUCAUAGCUUCUGAUGCCUGGUCCCCGCACCGGAUAUGGUUCCUAUUUGCUGGGGAAUAGCGGAUAUGCAGCGGUGAACGGAGCCCAGCCCCCAGCUUGUAUCCAACGCGAUGCUCAAACUUGAGGCGACAUCAUAUGUUAGCCAGUAUUAAAGCUGGAAGGCUCCCAGACAAGGCUGUAAUUUGUGAUUUGAUUGCAACGCAGAAGUUCAUGAGAUUGGAGCAAAAUCUGAUAUAUCAAUACCAU